GUUGGAGCGAUGUUUACAUUUUGGCAGUGAGCGAUUGAACUGCCAAGCAGUAAACGAUUUUUAAACUUUAUGAACCUUUUAAAAUAUUUUCCUAUUCCACUAGCUAAGUAACUUUAUCCUGAGUACCACAGCACAUAUUUGCUAUGCAUCUUCAUUUAGCUAACUAGCUAGCUAACAAUAACCCUAGCAACCUGUUGAUUGAUAAACUGGCUACCCGAGUUGUUGAUGUUAGCUAGUUAGCUAACGUUAGCGUGUGCAAAUGACAGCCACCAAUGUUUAACAACAACGAUGAGGAUCUUGUCGAAGAUGUGGCCAGUUUAAGGAAUCAAUUGCGAUUGACGGAGAUUAGUUUGCAAAGUUUGGGAGAACAAUUAAGUCACUCAGGACAGGAGAGUCACAGUGAGCGGUCUGAGAGGAGUUUAGUACAUGGGUUGCCAGGUCUUCUGUCCCUAGAGGACCUACAGCGGCCUGAUGUCCCACAUACUCCAACUGACAACCCAAGUCUUGAGAGACCCCUCCACAGAAGUAGGACAGCUGAGAGACAGGCCUGUGAAAGCCUACCCAGUACUGACUCCAGGUGCUCCUCGUCUAGGGCAGUGGAGAUGGAGGUUGCCCCCCUCAGGAAGAAGCUAGGCUGCCUGCGUCAGGAAAACGCCUCCCUGGCUCUGGAGAACAGACAGCUCAUCAGUGACCUGGAGGCGACCCAGAUUGAACUGGCCAGCUCUAAAACCAAGGCCCGUCUCCUGGGCUCCACAGUAGGGGCUAAGACCUCCAGUGUGACCGUCAUGAGGGAGCAGAUCCUGGGCUUGGAGGCUGAGGUGGAGGCCCAGGCCAAAGAACUCCGGACUGCAGAGUUGAAGGCAGAGCAGAGCCAGCAGGCAGCAACCCAAAGUGACAGACAGGUAGCCGAACUCAGAGACGAACUGAGCAUGCUCAGAACAGAGCUUACCGACACAACCAGACAAGGAAAACGAGCGGAGCAACAAAGGAACCAAGCCCUUCGCAAUGCGGAGAAACUCACAGACGCUUUUAAAGACUACAAGACAAAUAUUUCCAUUAAGCUGAAAAAGGUCAUGGAGAGCGAGAGCAAACUGAAGGAGAGUCUCAUCGUGUGUGACCGAGAGAGAGAAGAGCUGGAGAGCAAGUGCACCGUGAUGGAGAGAGCACGAGAGGAGCAGGGCCAAACCAUCAGUGAGCUGAAGGAAGAGGUCACCCAGGCGCGCACACUCAACACAAAAACCUCUGAGCUCCAGGGACGUCUGGAGGAGGCUGCCCAGCGGGCCUCGCGGCUGGAGAUGGAGCUGGGGGAUCGGGCCUUGGCGGCCAGGGAGCUGACCUCUCUCCACAGGGAGACGGAGGACCUCCGGGCCCUCACCCAGUGCCAGGAACACAGGCUGGUCCAAUGCCAGAGAGAGGCCCAGCAGAGCCUGGCUGAAUUAGCUAGUCUGGAGAGCAUACUGGCUUUGCUGCACCUCCGAGAGGUAUGGACGAUUGGGGACACGUACACGCACGGCGAUGAGGGACCUCUCUGUGUGAAGCCCUGUAUGCUGCCACCAGUGGAUUACACAGGAACUACAGACCCACUCAGACCCAAGCCAGGUGAGCGAUACCAGCAGCUGCUCCCAGUGCUCCAGGCAGUGGAGGCAGAGCGAGGCAGACAAAGCUCCCUGGCCUCCAGGCUCCAGGAGAGGCUGUCUAAAGCCCAGGAGGAGGUCUCCUCCCUGCACAGCUCCAUGGCCCAGAGGGCCUCCCACUACCAGCAGGUCCACAGCGAGCUGCUCCAGAGGGCCAGCCAGGCUACCGAUGCCGAGAAGGAGUUGAAGAAGAAGAGUGCUCGUGUGGCGGCUCUGGAGAAACAGCUGCAAGAGAAGAGCUCUGCCUACUCACUGGCCGCUCUGAAGAACACUCAGCUGGAGCAGGAGCUGCUGGAGAAGGCCAGUGCUAUCCAGCACUACCAGUCUGUGAUGACCAAGAAGCAGAGGGACUUCCAACAGGCUCUGGACAAAAGUCAAAAGGCCCGUGCUGACCAGUGCAAGGAACUGCAGGACAGAGUGGAACUGCUGCAGUUGUCUCUGGACCAGACCCGGGCCCAGGUCUCAGAGCUGGAGCAGGCUGUGUGUUGUGCCCAGAGGGAGAGACACGAGGCCCAGAGCACAGCCCACCUACUGCAGGUCUCCCUGGACCAGCUCACACAGGAGAGAGAGACCAAAGUGAGACACGGUGAGGAGGCUCUACAGAGUGUCAAAGAGCAGGCCACCGAGUCUUCCACCAAGGUGAGGCAGCUGGAGACAGCCCUGUCGUCCUGUAGGGAUGAGCUGAGCUCCCGCCUACUGCAGAUGGAGGACGCUAAGCAGCACUUUCAGAGACAGCUGGACGUCAAGAGCAAAGAGCUGUCGUCUCUGCAGGAGGAGUUGCGUAGCAGCGCUCUGGUGUGUAGUCGCUCCAGUGAGCGCUGUGUCCAGCUUCAGUACUCCCUGCAGCGGCAGCAGAGCAUGCUACAGGAGAGCAGCACCCGUGUGGCCGAACUGGAGGAAAGCCAGAGUCAGCUACAGGGACAGGUGUCUGCGUUGGAGCAGGAGUUGGAGCGGGCGCGCUUGUCUCUGGAGGAGGAGCUGAGGAGGAGAGAGGAGGUGGUGCAGGAGGCUGACAAGGAGGUGCAGGAGAAGAGGCGACAGGCUGCACAGCUCUCUGGCUCUGUCACUCAGCUGUCGUCUGAGAUGAAUCGGUGUCGUGGGGAGCUGUCAUCCAUGGAGCAGGAGCUGCAAAGGCUGCGGAAGGACGCCAGCAUGAAGUCCUCCCAGCUCAGCUGCAUGGAGGAGACCCUGCAGCAGACCCAGGGCCUCCUGGAGAAGAAGAAUGACGCGGUUGUGGACAUGGAGGAGAAGCUCCACCGCUGCGAGGAGGACAGGCGGAACUCUGUGCAGCGGGCGGAGACUCUAGAGGGACAGCUACAGGGAAUGCGCGGUGAGAUGCACGACACCCUAGAGAACCUACAGGAGCUGAGAGAGCUGUUACAGCGGACGCAGGUCAGCGCAGACGAACGGCAGACAUCACUGGAGAAAUUGUCCGCCGAGCUCAGGGAAAGCCAGAGGGAGUUGGAGGAGAGGAACCACGAGGUGUUGGACAUGGACACAGCAUUGAAGGAGAGACAGGGGGAGCUCCAGCAGAGAGCACAGCUGCUGGGCCAGUUGGACGUGGCCAUCAGAGACCAUAAGGUGGAGAUGGACAAGAAGGUUCAGGCCCUACAGCAGACUCUGGACCAGAGAGAGGGAGAGGUCAAAGACCGAGACAAACGGGUGGCGUUUUUGAGUGAGAGGUUAGACCUGCUAAAAGCACAACUACAAGGGAAGGAGGAUUCCGAGAAGGACUCUCUGGGGCAGGUCCAGAACCUGCGUGUGUGUCGGGAGGAGCUGCAGAGAACAACGCAAGAGCUGCGGGACACACGGACUCACUGCGAGAGCCUGACCGAAGAGCUGGACAGCAUCACUCAACAUGCCAGAGAAAAGGAGGCGCAGGUGAGGAGUUUAGAGGAGAAGCUGUCUGCCAGGGAGGGCCGCUGGGUCCAGGGGGAAGCCAGACUGCAAGUCACCAUCUCCUCCCUACAGCAGGAGCUGGAGCAGGAGAGGGAACAGCACAGCAAGGAGCUCUACUCCCUGCAGCAGACGCGGGGCCAGCUCCUGAAGGUGUCGGAGCAGAUGAGCUGCAGCCUGCGGAGCUCCCAGGAGCACCUGGCCUCCAGGCUGCAGCAGAGCCAGCUGCAGCUAGAGCAUACCAGGGCCCAGGCGGCCCACCUGCAGGCCCAGCUCCACGACACCCAGACCAGCCUGCAGAGCGCCCGCGAGGUCCUGCUCAUCAAGGAGUCCGAAGUCACCCGCCUACAGGCCAGAAUUUCCAGUCUGGAGAGAGCUACAGAGCUCCACCACGCCACGUUCCACCUUCACCCAGAGAUCACCCUGCCCUCAUCCCCUCCGCCCCCUCACACACACCACCAUUCUCCUCCACACACUCACUCAUGCACCCACUCUCCUCAUAAACACACCUGCUCCUCCCCACCCACUCACACCCACUCCCCUCACAAACUCUCCCACCCUUCUCCACCACCCACUCAUUCCCCUUCAUCCCCCCACGUACAACACCACUCCCCUCCACCCCAAACCCACACUCCAGACUGGCCCGUGGAGGGCAGCAGUGUGGACUCCUCUCUUGAUCUCCCUCAGAACCUGAAGGCAACGUUACGGGAAGCCCUGGGUCAACACCUCCCCUGGGACACAUCCUUUCUGUCCCCCACCCCUUACCAGCCUGACCACAGCUGGCAGGGCCUCAGCCGACUGGAGGCCACCUCUGCCUCAGACCUCUCCUUUAACCCCCUCACCUACAUGGUGGACAAAAUGUCGGAGGAGAGGGAGGAGAGAGAGCCGGAGAGAGAGUCCACCCUCAGGCAGGAGACCCAGGAGGAGAUGGACAUGAGCUCCCUGACGGGCAUGCUGAGGUUUGUCAACCAGACGCUUGCCCUGCAGGAGGACCCGUCCCUCUGUGGCUCCGCGGGCCUCUGAGAGGCUGAGCACACCCUCACACUGCAGGGGGACCUUAAAGAUGGUGGAUGCUGUUCUACGGGGGAACGUAUAAUAGUGGGACCCAUUUAGACUUUUGAAGACUUAAGUGUGUUGUUUGUUUGUGUGUUUUGUCAGGCCACACUACUGUCUGGUAGGAAUUGGUUUCAUUACAUUUCACUCCAGCUCAGGCUUGCCCUGUAUACGGCUGCCAAAGUUCAUGCUCUUUUACCUAGACACACGUUAUGUAUAUACAGUGAGCUCCAAAAGUAUUGGGAUGGUGAUACAUUUGUUGUUGUUUUGGCUCUGUACUCUAGCACUUUGGAUUUGGAAACGUUACAAUGACUGUGAAGUUAGUGCAGGCGGUCAGGUUUAAUUUGAGGCUAUUUUCAUCCAUAAAGGGGGAACCGUUGAGACAUUUACAGCACUUUUUGUACUUAGUCUCACCAUUUUUGGGGACCAAAUGUAUUGGGACAAAUUCAGUUAUGUGUAUUGAAGUAGUCAAAAGUUAAGUAUUUGGUCCCAUAUUCCUAGCACGCAAUGAUUACACCUACCAUGAUAGUCCUGACUGAAUCGCGAAUAAUGAUGAGUGAGAAACAGGCGCACAAAUAUCAUACUCCCAAGACAUGCUAAGCUCUCACCAUUACAAUAACAGGGGAGGUUAGCGUUUUAUAUCAUACUCCCAAGACAUGCUAAGCUCUCACCAUUACAAUAACAGGGGAGGUUAGCAUGUUUUGGGGCAGGGGGAGGAAUGAUAUUUGUGCGUCUAACUUUCUCACUUUGUAGCAUCAUUGUAGCAUCCAACUUAAUGUAGAAGUGUUUAGAAACAUUCAAUUUUUAUUUACAAUAAAAGUGACUCCAAAAGGACAAUACAUUAUUUAACAUUCAUUUCUAUUGGGCACAAAAUAAUCUGAAAUGCAACCAAAACAAACAGCAAAUGCACUCAACAAGUUUGUAGAGUCACAAGGUUGAUGUAGUCAAUGCGUGCUAUGAAUAUGGGACCAAAUACUAAAUGUUUAACUACUUUAAUACACAUAAGUGAAUUUGUCCCAGUACUUUUGGUCCCCUAAAAUGGGAGGACUAUGUACAAAAAGUGCUGUAAUUUCUAAACGAUUCACCAGAUAUGGAUGAAAAUACCCUCAAAGCUGACAGUCUGCCCUUUAACGUCAUAAUCAUUCCAUAAUUUCCAAUCCAAAGUGCUGGAAUACAGAGCCAAAACAACAACAAAAAAUGUCACUAUCCCAUUACUUUUGGAGCUCACAGUAUAUCUUUUAAGUAUAAAUGUGUAUGUUAUCUUUUUUCAAUCUGAAUUAAAUUAAAUCAUUUUUGGUAGAAUCCAUUUUUGAUAUUUAAAUAUUACUACUUGUUAUUUUAGCAAAAGAAAAUGCUCAUUUUUUUUACCUGAACUUCUCUUUGAUGCUUUUGGCAUCUGUGUGCUGGACUGCGGAGUCAUGUUGCAAGGGGAACUUGCAAGGCCCAACGAAGAAUUUGUGGUCUAGACGGUGGUCAUGUUGGAACAAAAUGACAGCCUGACUUGCUGCAUUUGAUUGGGCUCCCAGAGGGAUUUAAAUAACAAGAAGUUGUGUAGAAUUAGUAUUUUUAGGAUCCCAAACUCUUGUGGAUAAGUCAAAUGUUCAAUACUCAACUUAGAGGUGAUGGAAAGUUCAAACUAGAGAAAAAUAAUAUUUUCAGUAACAAGAUUGUAAGCUACAUUAUUGUGAUUUUUCUGUGCUCAACACAUGCACACUAAUUUAAUUUAAUACAUAUGAUAUUCCUACUUAUUUCUUUACAAAGAGGAAAAAGUAGAUUUUACUGAAUUAAAAUUCCACUGAUGAUAGGGGACCUAUGAAAUAUAUAAUUGACGUUUACAAACCUAAUGAAUUGCAGCAGAGUAACAUCAAUGUCAUGACAUGCAAAAAAACCAUACAAUCAAAAUGUAACACACACACACACAGCAGGAUACCGCUACACGAAGCACAAUGCUUGAUGUACAAAUGUGGGUUUGCUAUUUGGACAUGGUGCAGUAGGAUCCACACAGCUGUCUGUCUGCCUUUGUGUCUGUGUGUUUGUCUGCCUGUGUGUUUGAACAGACUCCCCGCCCUUUCGGCCCAUGCCAUUUGUUUCUGAAGGUUACUGGAAAAAUGCCAACUUUUUUCUGUGUGUGGGUGGGGGCGGGGGGUGUAAUGUUUGUUGACACUUCAGACAAAAACGGAACAUGGACAUCACCGUUAGCAACCAGCCUGCAUGUCUUUCUCUGUGGGAUAACAAAACCUCUUCUCCAAAAGCAGCAGCGUUGGCCCUUUUUUUUACAUUGUUAGUACUGUGACGUGUUUUAAUUGGUGCUCUUGAUCAGUGAAUCUUUUGUACUGAACGGUUUUUGGGUGCGGAUCUGUUUCUUCCAGCCACCACUAACAAGCUGUUUUAGUACUUGAUCAUAGUGUAGAUCUGUGUGUGUCUCUCUCUCUCUUUCUCUCUCUUUUCCUCCUCUCUUUCUCUUCCGCUCUCACUGUCGUGGAUUACUAAGGUGGAGGAUGUGAGUGUGCAGCUCUCAGUAAAGGAAGAUGUGGUCACAUUUUGAAAAUUGCUUGUGGUGCAGAAGCAACCUAAUACGUCUUUUUUUUAUUAUUCCAAUUUCGAAUUCUAUACAUAAACUCCUGUCUUCCGCUUCUAACUUCC